GUUGUUUGUUUCAUUUUACCUUGGUAACAAUGUAGUAGUUUUUGGUAACAAUGUAGUUGUUGAGAUGUCUCCUGGAUGUUUUCAUUACAUAAGUUGCAGCACAAAUAUUCCGGUAGUUAUUCUGCUGAUGUUCUAGAUUCAAUCGACGCAUCCAUAAAAAGUACAUUUCAAUUUGUUAUGAAAAACUAUAAACGCCUCGGUAAAAAUGGAGCUCGUGCGAGAGUGGGCGACCGAUUCCGGCAGUCGUGAUUGUAGCACGGAAGUAAUACCUCGAAACCUGAGCUGGAAUCGAGAUUUGCUACUCACGUCAUGUGACGACCACGUGCUACGUCUCUUUAAGCUGCAGAAGGAUGAGGCCGCUCCUAGCGGAAAUGAGCAGUCUACAACUUCUUCUAGGAAAGCAACUGCGCAUCAUGAGGAGAAGCCUACUUUUAGCGUGGAUCUGUAUGCAGAGCAUCCGUGUGGAGAAGCCAUUUUAGACUUCUUGUGGACUUCUAAGGAAGGAUCCAGUCCACACGCUACUACUAGCAAUCCGGCAGAACAUACUUCAUUUUUUGUCUCCUGCACUGGCCGACCCAUCCAGCUGAUGCGAAUCGAGGCGAAGAAUCGGGAUGGAGAAGCUGACACAACCGAAGGAAGAGCAGAGAUUCAUGUGGGUUCGUCUUUUCCUGGUUACAACCACGUUGACGAGGUUACGCACGCAUACUCGCUUGCGUGUUCGCGACACCACUUAUUUGGCGGAUACGAGAGUAGCGUCAAAGUAUUUGAUGUGAAUAUGCCGGGACGUCGAUGUGUUGUCGAUCUGCUGACGAAUACGCGAAAGCGAAAUUUUGGGCGAGAUCACCCUUCGGGCAUCAUUUCUGCGAUCGCGUUUCGGUCUGAAACGGCUCUGCUUGCAGGCGGAAGCUUGACGGGGAAGUUGGCGCUCUAUGAUCCCUUCCGCUCUGCUACGGGUCCCGCAUUAACGCUUGCGCGCGAAGGCGGAGUAGAAUUUGAGCGCAUUCUUUCCGCGGAGCAGCAGCGGAUAAAUGACGGCUCGUCCUGUGCUGAAUCAUCUACUCUUCCGAAAAUCUUUGGAGGCCGCGCUGCGCCAGCUGGAGCGAGAAAAAAGGCUGCGGCAAAGCGCAACGCGCACUUUGUUCGAACACUGGUCGAUGUUGGGAGAAUGGCAGACUCGACGAACAGCACUGAAUUAGAACCCGAAGCCGAUGACGGUUAUUACAACAGUACCAGCACUUCUAAGCCUAACCUGAAGAAUAAGAUGGGUGGCGUGACGCAGCUUGAGUGGAUCGAUGAUUUCUUUUUACUCUCUGGUCACAGGAAAGACGAAUGUCUGCGACUAUGGGAUAUUAGGAUGCCGAAGCAGCCCCUGGACUUCCCGCAGAGGACAGAUUAUGAUGCUGAACAAGCUGAGCAUCAGGUUUCUGAAUUCGAAGCGGAAGAAGACGUGAGGAUAGAACAAGGCCUUUUUGGUCAAGGCAAGGCAGAGGAUCAAUUAUAUUCCGGCUGUCCAGUGUUAUCACAGCCUGUUUUCCGAUUGCCUCGCUCGACGCAGCGCACGCACCAACGAAUCAAAUUCUGCACUGCUGGCGUGUGUGCGAUGAGCGGGGACGAUGCGGGCAACUUGCAUUGGUAUAGGCUAGACACGGGGGAGCGGGUGCGAACAGAAUUUUUGGGUCACGACGAGGUAGUGCCAGCGGUGGACUGGAGUCUCGACUUCCCAGUGGUCGCGACAUGCCGCGGCAGUCGCAAAUACGCCGACUUUGGCCGAGACUUGGGAGAAAUCGCUAGAGAGGGACAGCUCCAACACUUGGCUGGAGAGCCGGAAGAACAGAACGAGUUGGAUCGUAAUGUAGCUGGACUCAGCUCCUGCAUCGGCAGUAAAAGUCCUUCAUUAAAGCGACGACGUGGGGAGGACGACAUCGUUGUGAUGCCCGAUAGUGCUAACGCAUCUUCGUCGCGAAGCAUUGCCGUCCAAACAGUGGCCUCUGGCGACAGCGCGGCAGAGCAAACUGCAGUUGCGGGGGAAGAUGGAGAUGUGGCUCAACAUAGUAAUGUUCCAAUUGCAAAGCAGCCGUCUCAUCAGAAUGCAAUUUCCCUAUGGAGAAUACUGGAGAUUACCGAUACUGACGCGGUAGAGGCCGUCCGCGAUGAAUUACAGGAGUGUGGCGCGGCUGCCACCAGUAGUUAAACUUCGGCUCUCAUGUCCGACAAAAAAUCUUUCGACACCUGAUUCCUGGAAAUGAACAUCUUCAAUAGAAUCCCUCUGCUUCCUCUGAGGCUUUUUCCCCUUUCCUCUGCCUUCUUGGCACAACACACAAAAACAAUUACUUACAAUUGUUUUAC